CGGCGGCGCCGGCGCGGGGGAGGGGAGGCCGGAUGUGAGUGGAGCGGCCAUUUCCUGUUUCUCUGCAGUUUUCCCCAGCUUUGGGUGGUGGCCGCUGCCGGGUAUCGGCUUCCAGUCCGCGGAGGGCGAGGCGGCGUGGACAGCGGCCCCGGCACCCAGCGCCCCGCCGCCCGCAAGCCGCGCGCCCGUCCGCCGCGCCCCGAGCCCGCCGCUUCCUAUCUCAGCGCCCUGCCGCCGCCGCGGCCCAGCGAGCGGCCCUGAUGCAGGCCAUCAAGUGUGUGGUGGUGGGAGACGGAGCUGUAGGUAAAACUUGCCUACUGAUCAGUUACACAACCAAUGCAUUUCCUGGAGAAUAUAUCCCUACUGUCUUUGACAAUUAUUCUGCCAAUGUUAUGGUAGAUGGAAAACCGGUGAAUCUGGGCUUAUGGGAUACAGCUGGACAAGAAGAUUAUGACAGAUUACGCCCCCUAUCCUAUCCGCAAACAGUUGGAGAAACGUACGGUAAGGAUAUAACCUCCCGGGGCAAAGACAAGCCGAUUGCCGAUGUGUUCUUAAUUUGCUUUUCCCUUGUGAGUCCUGCAUCAUUUGAAAAUGUCCGUGCAAAGUGGUAUCCUGAGGUGCGGCACCACUGUCCCAACACUCCCAUCAUCCUAGUGGGAACUAAACUUGAUCUUAGGGAUGAUAAAGACACGAUCGAGAAACUGAAGGAGAAGAAGCUGACUCCCAUCACCUAUCCGCAGGGUCUAGCCAUGGCUAAGGAGAUUGGUGCUGUAAAAUACCUGGAGUGCUCAGCGCUCACACAGCGAGGCCUCAAGACAGUGUUUGACGAAGCGAUCCGAGCAGUCCUCUGCCCACCUCCCGUGAAGAAGAGGAAGAGAAAAUGCCUGCUGUUGUAAAUGUCUGAGCCCCUCGUUCUUGGUCCUGUCCCUUGGAACCUUUGUACGCUUUGCUCAAAAAAAAAAAAAAAAAAAACAAAAACGGUGGAGCCUUCGCACUCAAUGCCAACUUUUUGUUACAGAUUAAUUUUUCCAUAAAACCAUUUUUUGAACCAAUCAGUAAUUUUAAGGUUUUGUUUGUUCUAAAUGUAAGAGUUCAGACUCACAUUCUAUUAAAAUUUAGCCCUAAAAUGACAAGCCUUCUUAAAGCCUUAUUUUUCAAAAGCCCCCCCACUCUUGCUCAGAUUAAGAGUUGCCAAAAUACCUUCUGAACUACACUGCAUUGUUGUGCUAAGAACACUGAGCACUAAACUGUGUAAAGACCUUCGUCUUUGAGAAGACUGUAGCUUCUGCACUUAGGAGAUGCAGACACUUGCUCAGUAGUUUUCAGAUGCGUAAAGCAGAACAGCCUCUCGAAUGAAGCGUUGCCAUUGAACUCACCAGUGAUUUAGCAGCCCAUGUUCACGACAUAACAUUGUACUGUAAUGGAGUGAGUGUAACAGCUCAGCUCUUUGGAUCAGUCUUUUUGAUUUCAUAGUGAGUUUUCUGACCAGCUUUUGCGGAGAUUUUGAACAGAACUGGUGUUUCCUCUAAUGAAGAAUUCUGUUUAGCUGUGGGUGUGCCGGGUGGGGUGUGUGUGAUCAAAGGACAAAGAUAGUAUUUUGACAAAAUACGAAGUGGAGAUUUACACUACAUUGUACAAGGAAUGAAAGUGUCACGGGUAAAAACUCUAAAAGGUUAAUUUCUGUCAAAUGCAGUAGAUGAUGAAAGAAAGGUUGGUAUUAUCAGGAAAUGUUUUCUUAAGCUUUUCCUUUCUCUUACACCUGCCAUUCCUACCCAAAUUGGGCAUUUAAUUCAUCUUUAAACUGGUUCUCUUAGUCGCUAACUUAGUAAGUGCUUUUCUUAUAGAACCCCUUCUUACUGAGCAAUAUGCCUCCUUGUAUUAUAAAAUCUUUCUGAUAAUGCAUUAGAAGGUUUUUUUGUCAAUUAGUAAAAGUGCUUUCCAUGUUACUUUAUUCAAAGCUAAUAAGUGCUUUCCUUAGUUUUCUAGUAACUAGGUGUAAAAAUCAUGUGUUGCAGCUUUAUAGUUUUUAAAAUAUUUUAGAUAAUUCUUAAACUAUGAACCUUCUUAACAUCACUGUCUUGCCAGAUUACCGACACUGUCACUUGACCAAUACUGACCCUCUUUACCUCGCCCACGCGGACACACGCCUCCUGUAGUCGCUUUGCCUGAUGAUGUUCCUUUGGGUCUGUGAGGUUCUGUAAACUGUGCUAGUGCUGACGAUGUUGUGUACAACUUAACUCACUGGCAAGAAUACAACGUGGGACCUUUCAACCACAACGGAAUUUUUUAAAUUGACAGUUGCAGAAUUGUGGAGUGUUUUUACAUUGAUCUUUUGCUAAUGCAAUUAGCAUUAUGUUUUGCAUGUAUGACUUAAUAAAUCCUUGAAUCAUA